AUGGCAACUAACAUGACAGAGCACAUGGCCCUACUCAGAGGUCAAAACUGGGCUUCUUCAAGCUACACUCUGCCUCCGAGGCAAAGGUCAAUGGUUGAUCCGAACCAAGUGGUCCCGCCGACCUUCGUUUCGGACACUAAAGAGGCGCCCAUGUCAGCAGUGACGCACAUACCGCCCCCACCUACUCCUACGGCUGUCUCAUUGCCAUCUAUAGCUUUUCUGUCAACAGAUUCCACUGUGCACGCCCCGCCGCCACUAGCUAUGCCGAUGCAGCCUCCAGUUUACACUGUGCUGCCACCUACAGUCCCUACAACGAUGAGUGCUCUCGCUCCUGCUUACACUAUCGAGCCUUUUCCUUUCCAAGCUUCACCACCUCACUUAGGCUUUUCCUACCAAGCUCCACCGCCUCUAAAUAUUCCUCCCUUGAGCUCGACACACCUACUCAAGCAGCCCUUGCCGCUCCACCAGCAAAUUUUCUCCCCGAAAUGGAGAAUGAGCAGGAAAGGAGAUUGA